ACGGCGCUCCUCCUGCACACAACCUCGGAGACGGAGCCGAGUCGUCUGCUUUGAACAAACAAGCGCUCCGUUCUGGCAGCUGGGAGUCUGCUCGCUUCCGAACCAACUCAGUGAUGACAGUGGCCGUGGGAAGGGACGGACGCGUUUGUUGUGCGGGGACCGGCGGGACGCAGGAGCGCGCUCCGGUGUUCAGCAUCAUCUACAUCCUCCGCUCCUGAGAGCAACCCGAACCCGAGAGGCGCGCUGGGAUCAGCACCAAACCCGCCGGAGGAGAUGUACUGCAGACUGCCAAUGAUUUCUCCUCCUCCAGUUCAGAUUCAAAAGCAGGGAAAGUCUGGAUUUCUGACUGCUUCUGUUCCCACAGAGCGCCGACGUCUCGUCCGCAGCUAAACCGCUGUCUCCUUUAUCGCGCCAGUGUCCACUCAUCCAUUCAUCCCCAUGGCUUCCUUUCUGGUAUCAUUGCUUCUGCUGGUUCUCCAGACAUAUGCUGCCCCAUCUGAGCUCAUUAAGGUAGGCUUUGGUUCAGCCCUGGACAGCAUAGACCCUGAUCCAGUACCACCAGUCAAUGUCUCUGAGGAUUCAGCUUCAUCCCCACCACCAGGAACAAGCAAGCGAACCCCACACAGCAUCAUUAUUGGCGUGCGAAAAGGGGGCACCAGAGCGCUGUUGGAGAUGCUUGACAUUCACCCUGAGGUCGCUGUGGCUGCCACCGAGGUUCACUUCUUUGACUGGGAUGAAAACUAUGCCAAGGGUCUGGAAUGGUACCGUGACCUCAUGCCAUACUCCUACCCUCAUCAGAUCACAAUAGAGAAAACUCCGGGUUACUUUACGUCACCCCUUGCACCAGAACGCAUCUGUGCCAUGAACUCGUCUGUUAAGCUGCUGCUGAUCUUGAGAGACCCGACUGAGCGGGUAAUCUCUGACUACACCCAGGUGUACUUCAACCGACUGGAGAACCACAAGCCGGUGCAAGCCAUCGAGAACCUUCUGGUCCGCAACGGAGCCCUGAACAUCCGCUACAAGGCGAUCCAGAGGAGUCUGUACGACGUUCACAUGCGUAACUGGCUGAAGCACUUCCCCCUGGAACAGAUACACAUCGUAAACGGGGAUGCUUUGAUCCACGACCCCCUGCCAGAGCUUCAGAAGGUGGAGCGAUUCCUGAACCUGCCUCCGAGGAUAGUGUCCUCCAACUUCUACUUCAACCAGACCAAAGGGUUUUACUGCAUCCGGAGCGACGGACGGGAGCGGUGUCUGCAUGAGUCUAAGGGACGUCCUCACCCCUCCGUCAACAGCACCGUUCUGCAGCAGCUUCGCUCCUACCUACGGGAACACAACCGGAACUUCUUCAGGAUGGUGAAGCGCACCUUCAGCUGGCAAUAAGAAACCUACGUCACAAACUGGACUCUAUCGAGCCGAGACUUAAUGAGGAAAAGAAACAGCACUUUACACAUCCAUGAAGGAAGUCCUUUGAGCAACUUCUUAUUGAUUACUUUUGUGAUCCAGUUUCAGCAAAACAUUUCUAUAUUUACACAUUGAAAACAAAAAAAAAUGUAAUUACAAACA